AGCGGCCAUCUUGAAAGGUGGCACGCCGAAAGCGAGGCGGCCAUAUUUGUCAGGGGCACAUGUUAAGGGAGGCGGCCAUCUUUGUAAGGGGUAUGCCUGAGGGGAGGCGGCCAUCUUUGUAAGGGGCACGCCUGAGGUGAAGCCCGGCCCGCUGCGGCCCUGAGGAGGACGAGGCGGCUGCGGCCUUUGCUGUGCAGCUCAGUGCCCGCAGGAUGCCGAUGGCAUUGAUAUGAUAUAACACGAUUCAGGUGUGAAAGCAGGAUGGCUGGGAACAGCCUUGUGUUGCCCAUUGUCCUGUGGGGCCAGAGGGCCCCCACCCACUGCAUAUCAACCCUGCUGCUCAUGGAUGACGCGUCGAUGAUCGUCACUGGCUGCCACGAUGGCCAGAUAUGUCUUUGGGACAUUGCUCCAGAUUUAGAGAUUAACCCCAGAGCUCUGCUGUUUGGUCACACAGCCUCAAUCACUUGUUUAUCAAAGGCCUCUGCUUCCAGUGAGAAGCAGUACAUAGUGAGUGCGUCAGAGAGUGGGGAGAUGUGCCUGUGGGAUGUGAAUGAUGGCAGAUGCAUAGAGUUUACUAAGCUAGCCUGUACACAUACUGGCAUCCAGUUCUACCAGUUUAUGGUUGGGACUCAGCGUGAAGGGAGAUUGUUAUGCCAUGGACAUUAUCCAGAAAUUCUUGUUGUGGAUGCUACCAGCCUUGAAGUUCUUUAUUCUCUGUUAUCAAAGAUAUCUCCUGAUUGGAUCAGCUCCAUGACUAUCAUUAAAUCCAACAGAACACAAGAGGAUACUGUUGUAGCAGUUUCGGUGACUGGCAUCCUCAAAGUAUGGAUAAUAACAUCUGAAGUUAAUCGCAUGCAGGAUACAACACCAGUAUUUGAAGAGGAGUCAAAACCCAUUUAUUGUCAAAACUGUCAAAGCAUUUCUUUCUGUGCAUUUACCCAGCGGUCGUUGUUGGUGGUGUGCUCUAAAUACUGGAGGGUUUUUGAUGCUGGAGAUUAUUCCCUUUUAUGCUCAGUUCCUAGUGAGAAUGAACAGACCUGGACUGGUGGUGACUUUGUGUCAGCUGAUAAAGUGAUCGUGUGGACAGAAGAUGGUCAAAGUUUCAUAUAUAAAUUACCAGCCAGGUACUCAACAAUGAACACUAUGUGUGAUAUGCCUAAUCAUGUAUUCUGCUACAAGUAUAAUUUUUCAAAUUUAUUUUCUUUUCACCAGUUACUAAUAUGUCCCCCAGUCACCCAAUUCUUCUAUGGACAUAGGGAGUUUUUCUCUAAUCUGCUGAUCCAAGGAGACUCUUCAGGGAGGCUGUGCAUUUGGAGUGUACCUGAUACGCUGGAACAAGACUGUGCAAAAGCAGGACUGCAAGCAACAACUUCAAUAUCCCUCCAGGAAGCUUUUGAUAAACUUACUCCUCGCCCAGCUGGAAUUAUAGACCAACUAAGCUUAAUACCAAACAUCAAGGAACCACUGAAGGUUACAGCCAGCGUGUACAUUCCAGCCCAUGGGCGGCUGGUUUGUGGUCGGGAAGAUGGAAGCAUUGUUAUUGUGCCAGCAACCCAAACUGCUAUAGUUCAGCUUUUGCAAGGAGAGCAUAUGCUUAGGAGAGGUUGGCCACCUCACCGGACUCUCAGAGGUCAUCGAAACAAAAUUACUUGCUUACUGUAUCCUCAUCAGGUUUCUUCUCGUUAUGAUCAAAGGUAUUUGAUCUCAGGUGGUGUGGAUUUCUCAGUCAUCAUAUGGGAUAUAUUUUCUGGAGAGAUGAAACAUAUCUUCUGUGUACAUGGUGGAGAAAUUACACAGCUUCUAGUUCCACCAGAAAACUGUACUGCAAGAGUCCAGCACUGUAUUUGCUCUGUGGCCAGUGAUCACUCCGUAGGCCUUCUUAGUCUGCGUGAGAAAAAAUGUAUCAUGCUGGCAUCCCGCCACCUCUUCCCUAUUCAAGUGAUCAAGUGGAGGCCUUCUGAUGACUACCUGGUAGUGGGAUGCUCUGAUGGGUCCGUGUAUGUCUGGCAAAUGGACACAGGUGCUCUGGACAGAUGUGUGAUGGGAAUAACAGCAGUUGAAAUCCUGAAUGCUUGUGACGAGGCACUGCCUGCAGCUGUGGACUCCCUCAGCCACCCCGCUGUCAACCUGAAGCAGGCCAUGACACGACGCAGCCUGGCUGCCCUGAAGAACGUGGCACACCAGAAGCUGCAGACCUUGGCCACCAACCUGCUGGCUUCCGAGGCAUCUGACAAAGGGAAUUUACCUAAAUAUUCGCAUAACUCUCUGAUGGUUCAAGCUAUAAAGACUAAUUUAACAGAUCCGGAUAUACAUGUGCUCUUCUUUGAUGUGGAAGCACUGAUAAUUCAGCUGCUGACCGAAGAGGCCGCAAGACCCAACAGUGCCCUCAUCUCUCCAGAGAAUUUACAGAAGGCCUCUGGUGGGUCUGACAAGGGAGGCUCCUUCUUGACUGGUAAGCGAGCAGCUGUCCUCUUCCAGCAGGUCAAGGAAACCAUCAAAGAAAACAUAAAGGAACAUCUUCUUGAUGAUGAAGAUGAGGAUGAAGAAUCAAUGAGGCAGAGAAGAGAAGACACUGACCCAGAGUAUCGUUCUAGCAAAUCCAAACCAUUAACUCUACUAGAAUACAACCUAACCAUGGAUACAGCAAAACUUUUUAUGUCCUGUCUCCAUGCCUGGGGCUUGAAUUCUGUUCUAGAUGAGCUUUGCCUUGAUCGUCUUGGGAUGCUUAAGCCACACUGCUCAGUAUCCUUUGGCCUUCUGUCUAGAGGAGGCCACAUGUCUCUGAUGCUUCCCGGCUACAAUCAGCCUGUAGGCAAACCAUCCUAUGAUGGCGUGGAGUUGAGCAGGAAGAUGUCCAUUACAGAAGGAUUAGGAAAGGGGACAUACGGCGUGUCACGUGCUGUCACCACCCAGCAUCUCCUCUCUGUCAUUUCACUGGCAAACACGCUGAUGAGCAUGACCAAUGCAACCUUUAUUGGAGACCACAUGAAGAAAGGCCCAACCAGGCCACCCCGGCCAGGCACUCCUGAAAUGUCAAAAAUGAAGGCACCUCCAUCGAUGGCAAGUCAUGCAGCCCAAGGACAAAUUAAGCAAGUUGCUCCUGUUUCUUCUAGCACUGAAGCUGGUCACUCUGGCUCUGACACUGCUCCUCCUUUACAUACCUGUUUCUUAGUAAAUGAAGGGUGGAGCCAGCUUGCUGCCAUGCACUGUGUGAUGCUCCCCGACCUGCUGGGUCUGGACAAGUUCAGGCCUCCUCUUCUGGAGAUGCUGGCUCGCAGGUGGCAGGACCGCUGCCUGGAGGUAAGAGAAGCUGCCCAGGCCCUGCUGCUAGCAGAACUGAGGAGGAUUGAACAGGCAGGCCGGAAGGAGACCAUUGAUGCUUGGGCUCCUUAUUUGCCACAGUACAUUGACAGUGUCAUAUCACCUGGAGUAACCACAGAAGCCAUUCAAACUGCUACUGCAAGCCCAGAUUCAUUGGGAACAGAGGCAAAAGUUCAGGAGGAAGAGCAUGAUCUAGUGGAUGACGACAUCACAGCUGGCUGCCUGUCUGGUCUCCCGCAGCUGAAGAAGAUCUCCACAUCCUAUGAGGAGCGCAGGAAGCAGGCGACAGCCAUCGUUCUGCUGGGUGUGAUUGGGGCAGAAUUUGGGGCUGAGAUUGAGCCCCCUAAGCUGCUGACACGGCCACGCAGCUCCAGCCAGAUCCCUGAAGGCUUUGGGCUGACAAGCGGUGGGUCCAAUUAUUCCCUGGCGAGGCAUACCUGCAAGGCAUUGACGUUUCUGCUGCUGCAGCCUCCCAGCCCCAAGCUGCCCGCGCACAGCACCAUCCGCAGAACUGCCAUUGACCUCAUCGGCCGCGGCUUCACCGUCUGGGAGCCCUACAUGGACGUCUCUGCAGUGCUGAUGGGCCUGCUGGAGCUCUGCGCUGAUGCCGAGAAGCAGCUUGCCAACAUCACAAUGGGGCUGCCCCUGAGCCCGCCGGCUGACUCUGCACGCUCGGCACGCCACGCGCUCUCGCUCAUCGCCACAGCCCGGCCGCCCGCCUUCAUCACCACCAUCGCCAAGGAGGUGCACAGACACACCGCCCUUGCAGCAAACACACAGUCUCAGCAGAAUAUUCACACCACAACUCUUGCUCGGGCUAAAGGAGAGAUCUUGAGAGUCAUUGAAAUACUUAUUGAGAAGAUGCCUACCGACGUUGUGGACCUUCUUGUGGAGGUUAUGGACAUCAUCAUGUAUUGCCUCGAAGGAUCUUUAGUAAAGAAAAAAGGUCUUCAAGAAUGCUUUCCAGCCAUCUGCAGGUUCUACAUGGUCAGCUAUUACGAGCGAAGUCACAGAAUAGCGGUUGGAGCUCGCCAUGGUUCAGUGGCCCUCUACGAUAUCCGGACUGGGAAAUGUCAGACAAUCCACGGGCACAAGGGGCCGAUCACAGCAGUGGCCUUUGCUCCUGACGGCCGGUACCUUGCCACCUACUCCAACUCAGACAGCCACCUCUCUUUCUGGCAGAUGAACACGUCACUGCUGGGCAGCAUCGGCAUGCUCAACUCAGCACCUCAGCUGCGCUGCAUCAAGACCUACCAGGUGCCACCCGUCCAGCCCGCGUCCCCUGGCUCGCACAACGCCCUGCGCCUGGCCCGCCUCAUCUGGACCUCAACGCAACGUCAUCCUCAUGGCCCAUGAUGGCAAGGAGCACCGCUUCGUGGUCUAGGGGAGGCUGCCUGAGCUGGAUUGCGUUUCUGUCAGAACGCCAUGUAACUCUCCCUUCUUUGUUGCUGUCCUCUGGUCACGGGGCAGGACCAGCCAGGUCACGGCUCUGCUUGCUUUACCAUGUCACAACUCUGCCCGGUUUUCCAGGCCGUAGUUCUGCCUGAUUUGCCAGGUUAUGGCUCUGCCUGGUUUGCCAGGUCGUGGUUGUGCCUGGUUUGCCAGGCCCUGGCUCUGUCUGGCUUGCCAGUUCACAGCUGCCCCUGGUUUGCCAGAUCACGGCUCUGUCUGGCUCGUCAGAUCACAGCUCUGCCUGAUGUGCCAGGCAGCAGUCCUGCCCAUUUUGCCGAGCCGCGGCUCUGCCUGCUUUGCCGGGCCGUGGCACCACCUGGGUUCUCUUUGCAGGCAGGGUGGGGAAAGCUGUGGUUUUGGGAGGCCCAGCCCCACCCUGACUGUGUGCCGUGGCCUGGCUGGUGGCUGCUGGCCUCAUGCUGGUGGCCUGGUUCCACGUGCUCACAGAGCCUCUGUGGUUUACCGAAGGCCCUGUUUACAUGUAUUCCUUCUAGUGACCACUGAAUGAUCACUAGGUGGUGUGUCUUAGAGGGUUCUCAAUAAGGGCCUAAUUAAUUGGGGAUAUUUAGUAGCUGAGUGUGCAGGAGUUGAAUGGCCUCUGUUCUGAAUGGAAGGGGCACGUUUCCUCAGAAAAAGACAGUUUUUGAGGAAUUGAAGUGCUGCUGUGCUCAGCCAUUGCUUGCUGUAGUCUGGAAUAAAGGAUAACAAUUCACAUGUAAAUAAAGAAAAUAUCUCUAAGAUUGACUAGCAAACUUGAACAGAGGAGUAUUUAUAUAUAAAGGUGUUUUUUUGCUACCAAUGAAGGUAUUUAUUUUGAAGAAAAUAAAAAGCUUUUUCUUCCCAAAGCUGCUCUCAUUUGUGCUGGAUCCCACGUGGAAAGUGGGGCUGUGGUCUGGCGGCUGCAGAGCCACUCUCCUUCAGUGCAGGAACGUGGGGUCACGGCCCUGGGAGGCAGCACAAAUGGUGUCAGUGAUUAACAAUUCUGGCAAGAAAAACUAUGAAAAAUAAUAAGUUAUUUGAACAGAUAUAUUGCAACCAUUUCUUCAUUAGGAAUAUUCCUGUGUAAUGUUAGCUGUGACUGUGUUUCCUUCUUACAUAUCUAAUUCUGUGAAAUAUUUAAUCAUGUGAAAGUAUGCUGGUUUAUGCUCACAAUAAAGCAAAAACAAAUCUAUGAAAUACUAUUUUAUUUAAAAAUAUUGAUGUAUAUGUUUGUAUAGCUUUCUCUUUGCCAUUCUUGUCUGAAGAGCUCGCAGAAAUAAGGAGGCUGUCUUUAUAUGAUAAAGUAAAAAUGGUACUUACAAAAUCCUCCCUUUCCCAAAAAGGAAUAAAUUUAUAAAACGACUUCUAAAUUUAAAAAGCAUUGAUUUCUUUUUAAUUUUUUUUUUAAGUUGGUCUGUGUAGUACACUGUAGAUGAAGGUGAAGAUACAUAUCUGAUUGCUGUUUGAAAAUUAAGAAAUACCAAUAAAAAAGAGCAAGACAUUAAGACCAUUAGGAAUGUUUAACACAAACUGCCAUAAAAUUUAAUCCUUUUAUCUGGCAGGAAUGUGGUGUAUAGUAGAGAACACUGUUAUAGAAUAUCAGGAUCUUUUUUCUAAGUGAACUGACACAACGUGCAUGUACAUUGUGUUCAUAAAGAAGCGUAUGUAACUCUGAAGGUUAAAGAUAGGAAGAAGAGCUAACAGAGUCCUUCCCUCUGUAAUUUGAAACACUGCAGCAUUAGGUUUGGUUGCACGAGGAGAGUCAGGGUGCACCGUAAGCUUUGUCCCAUAGGCGUCCUGGGAUCCCAUCAGUUACAUUAGGGUAGGUUCCAAGAUGUGUAUGUGUUUACUUUCAGAAAGGAAACACAACCCCCAUGGGAAUGGUGGACCAUAGCCCUCCAAUGAUUUCCUUUUGUGGUAUAGCGAGCAAACAUCUUGAAUUAUAUAUGCGUUAAAAUGUUUGAUUUAAGCUAGAAGUGUAAUGGAUUUUCUUAAAUGCAGAAGAGAGGUCGUUCCUUUCCUCCCAGUGCUGCGGGUCAGCUCCAGCCCCACUGGGGUCCAGGAUCCAUCAGUGGGAUUGGACACAGCCCCCACUGUGGUGACUUUGUUUGCCCCAGUCCUCAACUUCACAGCCUCGGUCUCUCAGCACUGCAGUAAAAUUUGUAUUGUCAUUCCAGUGUAAGCUUUUAGUGCUUUAUUGAUUUGUUAGUACUGUAUUUGGACUUGUCCUUGUAAAUGUGGAGACGUAUGUGGCUUCAUUGGCAGUUUACAAGCAAAAGAUGACAUGAUGAGACACCUGUAUGAAAGUGUUGUAAUGAUGGAAGUCACCAUGUAUGGUAAAUGAUUGAAGUGUCUGCCUCUCAAGCAACUUCUGGAGUCCACUCCUAGUCUGCUGUAUGUAUACUGCAUACCCUGGUGUAAAUAUGCUUGUGAAAUAAAUCUGAACUGUA